AUGACUUUCUCUACUGUUUACGAAGAAUCUUUCAUCGACCGGGUGUAUGACACCUGUGAGGAGCACCGCGUAACAAUCAUCGACACUCUCAUCUGCGAGAAUAUGAUUCUCAAACGGCAACCCCAAUACCUGGGCUCAGGGUCCUCUGGCCACAGUUUUGCAGUACAAGUUGGCCAUCAACGAUGGGUCUUAAAGCAGUACUACGACGACCCGGUCGUGCAAGACAUAAUGCUAAGAGAGAUCGUUCAGCUCUCCUCCGUGCAGAACUUCCCUUGCGUCCAGCGUCUGGUUGGCGUAGUUCCCGAGUACCUCACCAUUGUGACGCAGUACGCCGGCGAACCCCUCCACACCUGCAUCACCAAAAAACUCUACUCACCAAACGAGUUCAUCUCGAUCAUGCAGCAGGUGCUCAACGCCGUCAAAUAUCUGCACAGUAAACACAUCCUCCACCUGAAUCUCAAGCCUGCCAAAAUAUGUAUACUCCGAGACAAAGAAGGCGACCUACGGGCCACCCUGAUCGACUUCGGGUCUUCACACCCAGCUG